UUGGCCAAAUUUCUUUACAAGUUUUCUGACGAGCGUGUGGAGACGGUCUGUGCUUUGCGGUCGGUUGCGAAUCGAACCGUUGUUGGCGAAACACAACGCGCAUUUUAUUUUUUUUUAACUUGUGAACGGAAUUGAGGUAGUGGAGGUGCUGCUGCCAGUAAAUGAGUUAAAGUUUUCGGCGCGUCAAUAAGGGAUAUAAAUUAGUUGGACAAAAUCAAUUGUUGUUUUGUAAUUGGACUGCGGACUUCAACAAGUGCUAGCGAUGGAAACUACGGCUGUAAAUAGUGUAAUGAAUGGCACCCACUAUCAAGAGUUGCAUCAGGGACGCCUGAAUAUGUACAAAUCCAAAGUCGAUGUGGUCCUGGGCGCCCAAUGGGGUGACGAGGGCAAAGGUAAAGUUGUGGACAUGCUGGCCCUGGACGUCGACAUUGUUUGCAGGUGUCAGGGUGGCAAUAAUGCUGGUCACACUGUAGUAGCAAAUGGCACAGAAUUCGACUUUCAUCUUUUGCCCAGUGGCAUUGUCAAUGAGAAAUGUAUUUCAGUCAUUGGCAACGGUGUGGUUAUUCAUUUGCCAUCAUUAUUUGAGGAAUUGAGCAAAAAUGAAGCUAAGGGUCUACAGAAAAUUGAGCAUCGCUUAAUCAUUUCGGAUCGUGCCCAUUUGGUAUUCGAUUUCCAUCAGGCUGUCGAUGGCAUGCAAGAAGCCGAAAAGGGUGGCAAAUCAUUGGGCACCACCAAGAAAGGCAUUGGUCCAGCCUACUCCAGCAAGGCUACCCGCAAUGGCAUUCGUGUGGGUGAAUUAUUGGGUGAUUUUAAUCUGUUUAGCGAAAAAUUCAAGACUAUUGUUGCCACCCAUGUGCGCUUGUUUCCCUCCAUCAAUGUCGAUGUUGAGGCUGAAUUAAAGCGCUAUAAGGAGUAUGCGGAGAAAAUUCGUCCUUAUGUCAAGGACACGAUUUGCUUUUUGCACACCGCUUUGCGUCAAGGCAAAACCAUACUCGUUGAGGGAGCCAAUGCAGCAAUGUUGGAUAUUGAUUUUGGCACCUAUCCCUAUGUGACAAGCAGUAAUUGCAGUAUUGGUGGUGUGUUGACAGGUCUGGGUUUGCCUCCCCAAACUAUUGGUGAAGUUAUUGGUGUUGUAAAGGCCUACACAACACGUGUUGGUGAUGGACCCUUCCCCACCGAACAAUUGAAUGAAAUUGGUGAACUGCUUCAAACCCGAGGCUUUGAAGUCGGUGUUACCACCAAGAGAAAACGACGCUGUGGUUGGUUGGAUAUACCACUACUGAGAUAUACCUCAUUAGUCAAUGGCUAUACCUGCAUCUGCCUUACAAAACUUGAUAUUUUAGAUACCUUAGAUGAAAUCAAAGUUGCAGUAGCGUACAAACGGCCCAACGGUGGGAAAUUGGAUCAUUUCCCCGGCACCAUUGCUGAAUUGGCCGGCAUUGAUGUGGAAUACGCUGUCUUGCCCGGCUGGAAGACGUGUACGGAGAAUAUUCGAGACUUCAAACAACUACCAGAAAACGCACAAAACUACGUACGCUUCAUUGAAAAGGAACUAAGUGUGCCCAUACGAUGGGUCGGUGUUGGCAAAGGCCGUGAAUCUAUUAUUAAUGUACAUUAGCACUUAAAAAUCUAGUUUAAAAAGAAAAAAAAAACAAAAACAAUUAUUUUAACCAUAUAUAACCACAACUACAACACCACUAUACACCUACCCCACCACGCCCACUGUUCUAUAUGAUUAUUAAACUUUUUUUUGUUAUGCAAAGGGUUACACUGUGCAAAAUUUGCUGUCCCAACAACAUUGACUUUUUGAUGUCCUUUUCGAAAAUUGACUUUUUGUUAAUGGUAAUGUUUUUACAUUCUUUGUCUUCUUCAGCCUCCCUAUUUGUACAACAUUUUUUGUGUAAGCUUAAAUAUACUUAACUAAAACUAUUAAAAACAAAGACAACAAAUAAACAGGACAACACACAAACAAACACUCACAUGUAAUAAUACCAAAUUUCAUUAAAUGUACUUAAAAAACAAAAAAA